AUGUAUUCAAUUGAUCGUACAUCUCCAGUUCCAAUUGAUAAUCAUUCAUUAAUGUCGAAUGAAACUGAAACUGAAAUUGAAACAUCCACACCUGAAUUAAAUUUAUUAUUGGAUAAAUUAACUGAAAUAUUACGAUUUCGUUCAAGUUGUCGUCGUCAUUUCGGUCCACAACAACAACAACAAUCAAAUCCAUCACCAGCAACAAAUUUAAAACGUCUUCAAUCUGGCAGUAUUGAACCAUUACACAAUAAUAAUAAUAAUAAUAAUAAUACAGAAGGUGCAUCAACAGGUGCUUGGAAAUCAUCGACGUCAAACCGUUCAUCAAAUCAUCAACAUCAUUCAAAUAAUGAUAAAAAGCGUCGUUUGCCAAGUUUAUUACAACGUUUAAUUGAUGAAGGAAAUUUAAUUAAAGAAGCUGUACGACGUCUUAAAUCCCAACGUUUUACACAUUCAUUUAAACAACAACAACACCAACACCCACAAACACAUAUUGCAAAUACACCAUCAACACCAACAACAAAAUCAUCAUCACAAACACUUCCAAAUGUUAAAUUAUCAUCAGCAAGUAUUAAUAUACCACAACAAAUAAGUGAUCCACCAACUCAAACAACAUCAUCACCAAAUCGUGGUAUAUCAUGGUUUUUAUCAUCAAGUGUAUUUGGUACAACAAAUCAUAGUAGUGGUAGUGGUUCACCAUUACGUAAUUGUUGUUCAUCAAGUACACAUGAUCGAACACCGAUGGAAAUUGGUACACAUGAUGGAUAA